AUGAAGUGGGAUACCCCCUCAAAGGUCCGUGGCAACGGCGAUUUGGCGCUUCCCACACCAGAGUCUUUGUCGACGCCCAAAUCCCAGCUGAGAGAGCCUUCCAAUGAUGACACCAAUGGUUCUCAAGCAGACGAUUUAACCUACUACGCCUUCCAAAGCAUCCGCAGCCACCGAAAAGUCGACACUCUCGAUGGCACCGACGCCUUUGAGAUGCUCGUUCAAUGGGAAGAUAACUCGACAACAUGGGAGUCUGAGGAGUGCCUCCAUCAAGACGCCAAGUCUGCUGUCUUUGAGUACUGGGCUUCCCAAGGCGGUAGGCACCUCUUCAUGAAUAACGAUGGGAUAUGGUUGGUGCACGAGAUCAUGGACUUCAGGGCUUCGCGAGCUGGUGAUGAUCGAUAUUUGGUCGAGUGGGUGGGACAUCCGAAGCACACAUGGGAGCCAGCGAGCCUACUUCCGGCCCAUCUAAUUCACGAAUAUUGGGCUCGGCGGGAGGAACAGUCCGGAAAGCGACCUACAAGAGUGAGGCGUGACGCAAGGCUGUCGCUCCUGCGAGGCAAGUUGAACAGCGAGACUUCCCGAAUCGAAAAGCAACAGGCAGACGAGGACAACGACUGGAUGCCAAAAAUUCCCAACUAUGUUCAGGAUUAA